AGGUGCAAUCUUUUUAAUUAGUGCAUGAUUUGUGAAUUAUGGAAUCUGAAGGCAAUUUUGCUGACUUAGGGUUAAAUGAAUGGAUUAUUCAACAUCUUGGUAACCUAGGUUUCAAUAAACCAACUCCUAUUCAAUAUAAUUGUAUUCCUCCUAUUUUACAAGGUAAAGAUUGCUUUGGAUGUUCCAAGACAGGAAGUGGAAAAACUGCAGCAUUUGCGUUACCAGUUCUACAGAAAUUGUCAGAAGAUCCUUAUGGAAUAUUCUGCUUGGUGCUAACACCUACACGAGAACUUGCAUAUCAGAUAUCAGAGCAAUUCACUUUGAUUGGAAAACCAAUUAAUAUUAGAACCAGUGUUAUAGUAGGAGGAAUGGAUAUAAUUCAACAAGCAUAUGAGUUACAAAAGAAACCUCAUAUUGUAAUCGCAACCCCUGGAAGACUUGCUGAUCUUCUAAGAAGCAAUGAAAAUAAUGUCAAGCUUAAUAAAAUACAGUUCCUUGUUUUGGAUGAAGCUGAUAGAUUGCUUGAUAAACUAGAUGGAGAUUUUACAAAUGAUUUAAACCUUAUUUUUAGCUCACUUCCAAAAGAAAGACAAACUUUACUAUUCAGCGCCACUCUCACAGACACUUUAAAUGAAGUGAAAGAAUUAUCAACAAAAAGUCCAUUUUUCUGGCAGUCAGACAACAAAGUUAGCACAGUUGAUAAUCUUGACCAACGAUACAUUCUUCUACCUGAACAUAUAAGAGAUGGAUAUCUUGUCUAUAUUUGUAAAGAUUUACUUGAAAAGCAACCGACUCGAUCAAUUAUGAUUUUUACUAAGACAUGCAAAAACUGUCAAGUACUUGGUAUGCUGCUUCAAAAAGCUGGUUUCCAGUGUGUUGUGCUUCAUUCACUGAUGAAGCAACGAGAAAGACUGACAGCUUUGUCCAGAUUUAAAUCGAGUAACACACGGUUGCUAGUAGCAACAGAUGUGGCAGCUCGUGGGUUAGAUAUACCAGUGGUUCAGGUGGUAAUCAACCAUAAUGUACCUGGGUUGGCAAAGAACUAUAUCCACAGGGUUGGUCGUACUGCACGAGCUGGAAGAAGUGGAAUCUCAAUUACUCUUGUUACGCAGUUUGAUAUACAUAGAGUACAAAGUAUAGAAGAGCACAUAAAUACAAAGUUAAAAGAAUAUGAAGUUGACGAACGGGAGGUGUUAAAAAUUCUUACUAAAGUUAAUGUCAUGAAGCGUGAAACAGAAUGGGUAUUGGAAGAACAAAAAUUCGGAGAGAAGAAGAAAACAAAUAAAGAUAAAGCUUUAAUAUUGCAGGGAAAGGAUCCAAUUACUGAAGCUAAGAAAAGAAAAAGAGAAAAAUUUUAUCGAAUUAAAGAAGAAAGAAAACAAAAUAAGAAACGAAAAGAAACUGUUUCUUGAUGUUUUGUUAUUGGACUUUAAAUAAAUAAAAUACAGUAGUAG